GUCAACUUUGAUGCCACGCGUGCUCUGCUGCAGGCGUGCAGGGCGGCAGGCCACUGCCCUCGCCUCAUCAUGGCCUCCUCUGUCGCUGUCUUUGGCGCUCCCUCCUCCAACUCCUCCAACUCCCAGGUUCCAUACUCUCAGGACACCCCUGCUCUGCACCGCUCCUCCUAUGGGGCUGAGAAGGCGAUGGCGGAGCUGCUGCUAUCAGACGGCAGCAGGCGGGGCUUUGUAGAUGCCAUUGUGCUGCGCCUGCCCACUGUUGUCGUGCGGCCCGGCAGUCCCAAUGCAGCGACAUCCUCCUUCUGCUCGUCCAUCGUCCGAGAGCCAUUACACGGCAAGCCAGCCACCUGUCCCGUGGACCCUACCCUGCCACUCUGGCUGCAGUCCCCCCGCACAGUCAUCAGCAACAUCGUCCAUGCGGCCCGCCUGCUGACCCUGCCACCCAACCACCCGCGCAUCAUCACCCUUCCCGGCCUCACUGUCAGUGCCUCCCUCCACUCCACUCCCAUGCACGGUGACUAUUGA